AUGGCAUUAUCGAAUAUUCAAGAGGGUCAAGUGCAGAAAUGGAAGCAGACGCCGGAGGACGGCAAAAGGCCCGUACUCAACCCUCGCCCCGCCAGUUCCCUUAAAAAGCUUCUAAGUAACAUCGCCGGAGAAUUAUCACUGCUUCUAACAACGCUGGAGGAUUAUUUAUUCGGAAGAAAAGGGAUAUCAAUGGCGGAUUUUAUGACCUCGACGCACAAGGCAAAGUGGAUAUUCUCUCCUCAGGAUCUUAAGGAAAAAUACAAGGAUGCUAAUAAACGAGCUAAGCAAGCACUUGAAAAGGUAUUUGCUUUUGCAUUUGUGCUUUUGCAUUUGGGGAAAAAGGAAUGGUAUGGGGCAACGAGGAUGGAAGUAGACAUUGACGGAUCCUUCACUUAUAUUGAACAUGAACGUGAUGCAAGAGAUAGUUCCGAGAAGCAUUCACGCCCAAAAGCUCUCAAGAUAGAAGAAGAACAACUUCUUCGGGCUUUUUAUGAGUUCAAAAUCCAAGAUGUUUGUGAUGCCUUCAAAUUCCCACGUAAAAUUCAGGCUACCGCUCUUAUUUAUUUUAAAAGGUUCUAUUUGCAAUGGUCCGUGAUGGAACAUCAUCCAAAGAAUAUCAUGUUGACCUGCAUAUAUGCUGCUUGUAAGGCAGAGGAGAAUCAUGUGUCAGCGGAGGAGCUUGGGAAAGGGAUCGAACAGGAUCAUCAAAUGAUCCUUAAUAAUGAAAUGCUGAGUCUAGGAUUUGACCUUAUUGUUUACGCACCAUAUCGGGCACUUGAUGGCUUUAUUAGUGAUAUGGAGGAAUUCUACGAUGCAAAUGUGGUGCAUUCAGAUAUAAUAAAGAGUUUGCAUGAAUCUGCUAAAGCCGAAGUUGAUAAAACUAUGAGGAGUGAUGCUCCCCUUUUGUUCCCACCAGGGCAGCUGGCAUUGGCAGCUUUACGUAGGUCUUCUGAGUUUCAUAAAGCUGUUGACUUUGAGAGGUACAUUAAGAGCAUGCUAUCUCGGCAGCAUUCUGCUCAUAACUUUUCAGAUCUCACUCUUUCCCUGAAUGCCAUUGAUACGCUGAUUAAUAAGCUCGAGACUCCUACCUCGAAAGACGUUAAGCACAUUGAUAGGAAGCUCAAGACAUGCUUGGACCCAAGCUCCCACGACAAGAGUAAGAAACGAAAGCACAGAUCAAAGGAUAGUUCAACGGGAGUGCCCGGCAUGCCAUAAGUAUUCAGGUUAAGAGGCUGAGGUGUUGCAUUAUAGUUGCUGUGACCUAUUUUAUGGAAUUUCAUUUGUGACACUACCAGAGUAGAAGAGAGAGACCGUCUUACCAAAUUCAAGAUCCUGUUGGAAUCAACUCAAGCCAAGAAAGAAAGAAAGAAAAAACAUCUCAGUAUUUUUACCUCCUGGACGAAGUUGUAUUUUAUUUGUAGCAACUUAUUUGCCAACACUCAGAAGUUGGAAAAUUUUCAUUUAGAUGGAUAUUUACUUUUGAAUUUAUUUGUCACACAUGUUUUUAAUAGUUUAAAGGGGACUGGCUGGGACUGAGAGUACAACACUGUCUAAAAGUGAAUUUCCUUCGACAUUCAAUUAACGUUUUUGCAUUUCACAAUUGUAUAACAGUUUUACAGACUUUUAAACUCAUGAUCAGUUCAAGUUCGUGUCUCUCUACAUAAAUA